CUUGCACCCUGGAACAUCGAGCCAGAUUUGAUCAGGCAGCAGAGAACUGCCGGCAUAUAAACCGCGCUCUCUAAGUGACCACAAUACUGGAUUGCAACUCCUUGUAUCUCGGACAAAAUGACACAUCAGCUUCAUCUCCCCCUCGAGCUCAUUCUCCAAAUUGUAGAAGCUUCCCUACCAACCGGAGGGCCUCAAUUCAUCGCCAAUGUCUCGACUCCGGGCGCUCAACUGCUGGUCGCCUGGUCGCAGGUCUGCCGUGCAACGUACGAGCCGGCAACCCGGCUGCUGAGGCAGCAUUGCAUAUACAUUGACAGCUUUGCAAGACUCCAAGCGUUUCUACGAUGUCUAUCGGCCUCGAAAGCAUCCGGUCCCGCCUCGACCCUCCCGCCGGCCAUCCCCCCCGGAUCCAUCUCCUCCAUUUACCUGGGGCUAGGCACGGAUCCUCUCCUAGGAUUUGUUGGAUCUCUGAUAAUAAGAGACCUCUUGGUCGAGCUGGGUGACUCGGUCCGCCGGCUAAUUCUGGAUGUGCCGCUCCGCAGCCUUGACCAAGAGAGCGGACUUGACACGGCCUUUAACCAGCGGCUCUCCGAGGGUCUCUCGGCACUGAGCAAUGUCGAAGAGUUCGUGUCGGUUGGGGGGUUGCCAACUCUCGACUUUUGGCGUCACGAAUCCAAUUUCUGGGAGCGCUGGCCAAAACUGCGACGUCUGGCCGGCUUCCAGGUCAACAUCGCCGAGGAAUCGCUCUGGUAUCAUGUAACCAGGUCUCGCGCGCUUGAGCAAGUGGUUAUCUCUCGUCCACACCUGCUGCGAGUGGACAGGUGGAAUUUCAAGCGUGCCAUCGGUAAGUACUGGCGUCUUGAAUCCGGGGGGGAUCCCACUUUGGCCAGGCGCAUGCGCAUUGUGCUUGCGGAUCACGAGUUCACCCCGUCGAUCAUCGAUGAUUCGGAGGGAGACAAAAAUGACCCGAUGGGGCUUGUGUGUAUUUCGAAAUUUGAUGUGCCUAUAUCAGGCAAUUCGAUAGUGAGGACUGAUCAUGCUUGUCGGGAGUGGAUGAUCCAGGCGGCGAAGGAGGGGACUCUUUGGGGAUGAGACCUGAGGAUAGGUCUGGUCUGGAACAAAUCCGAUAGCCGAUUGAACAGGAUCAGGCAUUCUGGUGUAGUUUAUAUUUAUUUUAGCCAACUUUCGUGUAAGUGAAAUUGACGAGUUUUGGUGGUGCUUUUUUCUUU